AUGGACGGAGAAACGCACAGCCUUGAAGCCAUUAUUAACAACAACCUUAGUGGUCGAGAUCUGGAAGAGUUCAACAGGAUCUACUAUGGUAGAAAGAAUCAUCUAGAAAUUAAUAUUAAAGACUCAUCUAUUGCCGCUGCUAAAGACAACGAUUUUGAUAUCGCGGCCUACGCAUUCCCAGCGAAGAGAGAAUCCACUAGACCACCGAGGAUUGUCAAAGUAGGUAUUAUACAACAUUCGAUUGCCGCACCAACUGAUCGUCCGAUAAAUGAACAGAAAAAUGCAAUUCUCGCCAAAGUAAAAAAAAUCAUCGAUGUUGCCGGUCAAGAGGGUGUCAAUAUUUUGUGUUUCCAAGAAUUAUGGAAUAUGCCAUUCGCUUUCUGUACUCGCGAGAAGACACCAUGGUGUGAAUUUGCCGAAUCUGCAGAAGAAGGUCCUACUACACGCUUCUUGCGCGAAUUGGCCAUUAAAUAUUCGAUGGUAAUAAUUUCAUCUAUUUUGGAGAGGGAUGAAAAACAUGCCGACAUUUUAUGGAACACUUCAGUUGUUAUAAGCGAUUCCGGUAAUGUUAUCGGCAAACAUCGUAAAAACCAUAUUCCAAGAGUUGGAGAUUUCAAUGAAUCUAAUUAUUACAUGGAGGGUAACACAGGGCACCCUGUUUUCGCUACGAGAUAUGGUAAAAUCGCUAUAAAUAUCUGCUUCGGACGUCACCAUGUUCUAAAUUGGAUGAUGUUCGGACAGAACGGCGCUGAUAUCGUGUUCAAUCCAUCAGCGACGAUUGCCGCAGAAGCUGGAAGUGAGUACAUGUGGAAUAUAGAAGCUAGAAAUGCUGCAAUCACAAACUGCUAUUUCACUGCAGCAAUUAACAGAGUUGGAUACGAAGAGUUCCCCAACGAAUUUACUUCUGCUGAUGGUAAGCCCGCGCACAAGGAUUUGGGACUUUUCUAUGGCUCCAGCUACUUUAGCGGACCUGAUGGCGUGAGGUGUCCAGGACUUUCACGCACUAGAGAUGGUCUUCUUAUUGCGGAAAUGGACUUAAACAUGAACAGGCAAAUUAGAGACCGUCGCUGCUAUUAUAUGACCCAGCGUUUAGAUAUGUAUGCGGAGAGCCUACAGAAGGUUCUAGAUAUAGACUUCAAGCCACAGGUCGUUCAUGAAAAUGAUAAA